AUGGCCAGUGAUACGGCACAGGUGUUUAUAUGGAUGAAUGCUAGAGAGCCAUCUCAGAACAUCAAAUGUUGCUGUAAAGUCCUGAGGAGAAUGCUGAAGGCCCUCACAGUUUCCCAGACCUCAGAAACUCAGCAGCCAUAUUGUCACCCUGUGGUGCUGCUAACCCCCAGCACAAUGUCACAGAAUAUUCAAGUUCUUAGAACCCAGGAAGACCAGAAGCCAGUGAGUAGGAACACAGUCAGUUCUGUUAACACAGAUCAAUUCAGACAAAUGCAAGCCUUUCUUCCCAUCAAUGCUGCCUCCUCCAGGAAACCUUCCUCUUACACCAGAUUUGGUCCAUCUACAUACAUCCCUGUGCUUGUCUCCACCAUUAUAUUCACAAUCCAAAGACGCUGGCAAGAGUCCUGGCUGCAGAGGAAAUCUGGACUCCAGGAGGAGAGGACACAAGGGGAACAAAGGGAGAGGCGGCGAGCAGGAGGGGAGGGUCCCAGGCGCUCCCAGCCGUGGGAGAGCAGGGCGCGGAAUUGGAGUCCCCGCCACUCAGGGACCGCGCCUGCCGGGGUCGCCAGACUCCGGCUCCCGCCCACGUGGCGCGCGGGAUUCAACGCACGACGCCGCCUCCGCCCCCGCUCGCCCCCUCCUCGGCCCAACUCGGACGCAGUCGGGGUCCUGAGCGCCCGACCCGCCCCCCGGCCGGCUAGCGGAGAGCCCCGCCCGGCGCCGCCUCCGCCCGCCCCCUCCGCGGCCCAACUCGGAAGCAGUUGGGGUCCUGAGCGCCCGUCCCCCACAGCCGGCCGGCGGAGGGCCCCGCACCGCUGCCUCCGCUCCGGCCCGCUCUCCGCUGCUCUCCGCUCCCGCGAAGGGAAAAGUGGGCGCCGGCGGCGGCUCCCCCGCCCGGGGAGCGCGCUCCUCGCCGGCGCGGGGCUGUGGGUCCUCGGCGCCCAGGGCUCCUGCGGCGGCGGCACCGGAGGUGUCCCGCGGUCCCAGGGCCCCGCCCGGGAGACGCCCUCGCCCGAAGCCGCGAGGCCGGACUGCGGCCACUCCCUCCCCUCCCGGAGAGUGGCGGGCUUUGCGCGGGGAGCCGGAGUCGAGCUGCCGAGAAAGCCCCGGGGGACUUUGCUCAGCGGGACCCUGGAACUCUUCUGCUAGAGUAACCGAGAGCUACGGGCUGCGGGGCUGGAGGAGCUGAGCUGAAGAUCCGCACGUUGGCGGUGACCGGGUCUCCGCACACAAAGGCCACUCCACCUGGGUGACCACCACCGCGACUUGAGUCCCGAAGUGGCGGCGAGGCGCGAUCGGAGAGGUAUUUGCUGAGCACCUGGUAUGUUCAGGAUACCGAUAAAGAAGUGUGUGUGAGAUGGUGUAGAAAGUCAUGAACCUUUAUACGAGACUGUGGAAGAAGCAGGUCAUCUGAUGGCAGGACUGCUAGGGAAGUAAAGUAUGAAGAAUGCACGUGUGUCUCCAAAGGCAAACUGGCCACAUGUCAUCCCUGCGAUGGCCGGAGGGGAUGGCCUGGAAGAGCUGUGGCCAGUGAGGAGGGACCAGACUCCUUGGAAGAUGAUGGCCACUGCAGAGUGCACACUCCACUCAGAUCAGCGUCACCAACAUACCAUCUCCGGCUUGCUCUCCAGGAAGAAUGAAUACGUGGAAGAUGACGUUUGAUUCUUCCUGCUGGCCGCUGACCCUAGAGAGACAUCAUGGACAACAUGGACACUCACUUCAACAUGAGGCUACUGAGACGUGUUAUCAGAUGAGACAACAUGGACUUAAAGACAUAUGUGAGCCUUGUUUUAGCCACCCGGAAGGACCAGCAGCGGGCAGUGUGGAGAUGAGAACUGAGAUUUGCUGUAUGGAAAUCGCAAAAUUAAGAGAAACAGAUGUGACUCCAAGGCCAAGGGUCCUACAAUUGGAAAGAACACCAAUACCACACUAUGAAAUCAGGCUUUGAGGCCCACAGAAGGCUCAGCCAUUGUGCUGCCAUGCUGACCCUCCCUUCUGAAGGUGAAGAUCUGAUUGUAUUCUACUGCUUACAUAAACUGCCUCUCUAAGGGAUUGUCACUGUCAGUACACGCUGUGAUACCUUGUGAAGAUGAGAUUUGAUUUCUUCUCAACAAAUAGUCUUUCUUCCUCUCUUCACUGCCAGAUAUGCUGAGAAUUACACUGCUUAGACUUUCUUCCCUUAGACCAGGAUUUCUCAGCCUCAUCAACUUUAUCACCAUUAACAUGUGCUCUCAAAUAAUUCUUCUUUUUAUUUGUGGAGGGGGUCUGCCUUGUGAAUUGUAGGAUAUUUAACAGGCUCCCUGGACUCUACUCAGUAGUCCCAAAAAUUCCCAUGCAUCACCCCCCAUUUAUGGAUUGUGAAAGUCAAAACUGUCUAGCUUAGUUCAAUUAAGAAUUCCUGUUAAGAUUCUAGGAUGCCCAUUAAGUUGGCUCAUCAGUCAAUUACCCCUUUUUGUGCGUGAGUUUCAGAUUCCUUCUUGAGAAUAUGUAUUAAUGGAAUGGUGAUUGGAGGGAAAGAAAUAAGGAAAAACUCAUGAAUGUGAAGAUGAGGUUUCAGGCAUGAAGACGUUGCUAAGACUUGGAGUGACAAACACUAAUUUCCUCUUUCUUACAUUUUGCCUCUCUUCUUUACAUUCUAACAUUUCCUGUUGAUUCACAUAUAUGUGUCCGUUACCAAAUUAGCAAAAAUAAUACAUUUUUUAAAUGUUUAUUUAUUUAUUUUUGAGAGAGAACAAGAGUGAGCAAGCAGGGGAGGGGCAGAGAGACAGGAAGAGAGAAAAUCCCAAGCAAGCUUCAUGCUGACAGUGCGAAGGCUGACACGGGACUUGAUCUCAUGAACUGUAAGAUCAUGACCUAAGCCAAGAUCAAGAGUUGGACACUCAACUGACUGAGCCUAAUUUAGCUGCCCCUAAUUUAGCAAAAAGAGUAUUAAGAAGCACUCCUUUAUGCUCUUUGGGGGUGAAUAUCAAAAUAAAACACAGUUCUGGACAUGAAGCUCACAGUUUUGUAACACUUUUGCAGCCCAGGUUUUUGCUUGCUGAUGUGGCCUUGCUUCAUCCUACACCAGACUGACACCAAGAAACAAAAAGCGUCUCUUCAAGAAUCUUUAAGUACUCAAUUCUCAGGAGCUCACAAUUUAGGUGAAAGACUAACAACACUCAGCCUAAAAGUGAACUGUCAGCGAUUUCUUCUCCUUAAAAGAUGGGGUAUUCAACUAAUGAACCUGUGUUAAGGACUUAAUUGCAAGGUGCUAAUAGAUUUGGAAAGCACAGUUUUCCAUUUGUUUAAUUUAAAAAUGGAGGUUAAGUACUGAUCUCUUUGUGCUACCUCAGGCUGUAAACACCAUGCUCAUUCAUGUAUGUGAAACAACAAAAUGCACUGGGUCUCAGACAAUCAAGGGUCAGUAGCCUGCUCUCAAGGGUUCGGUCUCCCUGGGGCAAUUUCCUUCACCCUUUAAGCCCUUCAAUCAUUUGUGUCCACCCAAGAGUAGGAUAAGUGGUGGGCCCCUCUUUCACUGCCAGUUAUUUUUCAGGGCAGACUUUUUCGCAUUUCACUGGUUCUGUGGGAGAAAAAUGCCACGUUGACCAUAGAGAUAGCAUUCUUUGUCCAUAUCGCAUUUCAUUAAUGUGUCCAUUCACAACUGGAGAAUUUCCCCAGGUGCUUAGGAAAAGGGUGGGUGAAUUGCUGUUGACAGUAUUUUCCCUUAGAUAAGAGAGAGUUACUUGUCAUGAAUAUUCUAAGAAGCUCUAACAAAUAAAAGAAGUCCUAUGCAUUUAGAAGG